AUGCUACAGACAUGGAUGAUAUCGUACCGUGAGAUCCAGAAUCGAGCCCCAAACGCAGCAGAGCUUCUCCUACUGCUUGCCUACUUCGAUAAUCGGGACAUUUGGUAUGAGUUAGUCCAAAGUGCUUCUAAUAGCCUCAAUGUUCCAGACUGGCUUCAAGAAAUUAUAUUAAGCGAACUUACUUUCAAAGAUUCUGUGAAGCCUCUUAUCGAAUUCUCUCUUAUUGAGACAAAGCAACAAGAAGGGAGCUAUGCAAUACAUCCUGUGUCGGAUGUGCAGUUCCUAGUGCAAGCGAAAGGAAUUAUUCAAAGUGUCAGCGACGGCUUAUUCCACAUGCAAAUUUCAUUCUUCGUGUAUAUGGGGGCAUUUCAUGGGCUAGGGGAUCUCUACUCUGAUCAGGGCAAGCUCAAGGAGGCAGAGGAGAUGUACCAGCGAGCACUAGCAGGCAAAGAGAAAGCCCUAGGUCCGGAUCAUACAUCCACUCUUACUACUGUGAACAACCUUAGUCUUCUCUACUCUGAUCAGGGGAAGCUGAAAGAUGCAGAGGAUUCGUACCAGGGAGAACUGCCAGACAGUCAAAAGGUCUCGCGUCUCAAUUCUAAGAGGGCACGGCAGGCUAUAGCUAAAUUUACUAGAUGGCUUAAAUAA